CUUGGUCAGGGCGAUCCGCCCAGCUCCCCUGGAAAGUUGGCAACCUAGCUAGCCAAAAGAAGCAUCCCCUUUUCCUGAAACUUACUCUGUCCGUGGUGCUGAACCAUUGUACUGAGACCCGCCCAGACGGGCGCUGUUAACCGCUGAAAAAAGAUAUUCCCUGACGCUGCCCAAAUCAGAACGGUGUAUCUUUUAUUUACUCACGUCCUCAAAGAGCAGCAAGCCUUCUCCAUCUUAAUUUGACUCUACCGCAGAGCAGAGUUACGCUGGCGUGAUGGGAGGAGAUCAUGGGCAGAGAGGAAAAACUAAUAGCAGCAUUGCUCACCUGAGACCUGAGAUGCUCCCAUGAGUUUUGAAUAUGCUCUGUUCCUUACGGCAAAGACACCAUUUUUAAAAGUACUAUUCUUUUGACUUUGUUGUUACCCAAGGGUUCUGUGACAUUCCGGCCCCUCCGUUUAAAAACCAGCAGAUUUGAGAGCAGUAAAUCUUCAAAACGGGGAAUUUACAUUGUUUUUCAGCUGACCGACUUCCAGGACAAGGACUCAACCGCAUCUACCCAAAUACCAUGGUACUGCUUGCGCCCUUUGCCACCGGAUCCUCCCCUUCCAAUGAGACUUUCUGAUUGUGUCUACCAACUCUCCUAUUAGGAAACCCGUGGGUUGCAUGCAGCUAUUCUGUUGUAUUCUCAUUCUCACUCUCCCUCCCUUCUCUCACUCUCACUCUUGCUGGAGGCAAGCCACUACCAUUCUGCUGAGAAGGAAAAACCAACAACUACUUUAAGAGAUUAAGACAAUAUGCGCAAUCCUCGCCGUUUUUAGCAAUCACUAUUUAAAUCUGGCAAGAACCGACAACAGUCUUUGCAAGAAUGGAAUCAGUAAAACAAAGGAUUUUGGCCCCAGGAAAAGAGGGGCUAAAGAAUAUUGCUGGAAAAUCCCUCGGCCAGAUCUACAGGGUGCUGGAGAAGAAGCAAGACACCAGGGAGACGAUCGAGCUGACGGAAGAUGGGAAACCCCUAGAGGUGCCCGAGAGGAAGGCGCCGCUGUGCGACUGCACAUGCUUCGGCCUGCCGCGCCGCUACAUUAUCGCCAUCAUGAGCGGCCUGGGCUUCUGCAUCUCCUUCGGCAUCCGCUGCAACCUGGGCGUGGCCAUUGUGGACAUGGUCAACAACAGCACCAUCCACCGCGGGGGCAAGGUCAUCAAGGAGAAAGCCAAAUUCAACUGGGACCCGGAAACCGUGGGGAUGAUCCACGGUUCCUUCUUUUGGGGCUACAUCAUCACCCAGAUUCCGGGAGGCUACAUCGCGUCUCGACUGGCAGCCAACAGGGUUUUUGGAGCUGCCAUACUUCUUACCUCUACCCUGAAUAUGCUAAUUCCAUCAGCAGCCAGAGUGCAUUAUGGAUGUGUCAUCUUUGUUAGAAUACUGCAGGGACUUGUUGAGGGUGUUACCUACCCAGCAUGUCAUGGGAUAUGGAGCAAAUGGGCCCCACCUCUAGAGAGGAGUAGGCUGGCAACCACUUCUUUCUGUGGUUCCUAUGCCGGCGCUGUGAUUGCAAUGCCUUUAGCUGGCAUUCUUGUGCAGUACACUGGCUGGUCUUCAGUGUUUUAUGUCUAUGGAAGCUUUGGAAUGGUCUGGUACAUGUUUUGGCUUUUGGUGUCUUAUGAAAGUCCUGCAAAGCAUCCUACUAUUACAGAUGAAGAACGUAGGUACAUAGAAGAAAGCAUUGGAGAGAGUGCAAAUCUUUUAGGUGCAAUGGAAAAAUUCAAGACUCCAUGGAGGAAGUUUUUUACAUCCAUGCCAGUCUAUGCAAUAAUUGUUGCAAACUUCUGCAGAAGCUGGACUUUUUAUUUAUUGCUUAUUAGUCAGCCAGCAUAUUUUGAGGAAGUCUUUGGAUUUGAAAUUAGCAAGGUUGGCAUGCUAUCUGCUGUGCCACACUUAGUAAUGACAAUUAUUGUGCCUAUUGGGGGGCAAAUUGCAGAUUUUCUAAGAAGCAAGCAGAUUCUUUCAACUACAACAGUGAGAAAGAUCAUGAAUUGUGGUGGUUUUGGCAUGGAAGCCACACUACUCUUGGUUGUUGGCUAUUCUCAUACUAGAGGGGUAGCAAUCUCAUUCUUGGUACUUGCAGUGGGAUUCAGUGGAUUUGCUAUAUCUGGUUUCAAUGUUAACCACUUGGAUAUUGCUCCAAGAUAUGCCAGUAUCUUAAUGGGCAUUUCGAAUGGUGUUGGCACAUUGUCAGGAAUGGUUUGUCCUAUCAUUGUUGGUGCAAUGACAAAGAAUAAGUCACGUGAAGAGUGGCAGUAUGUCUUCCUGAUCGCUGCCCUAGUCCACUAUGGUGGAGUUAUAUUUUAUGCAAUAUUUGCCUCAGGAGAGAAACAACCCUGGGCAGACCCUGAGGAAACAAGUGAAGAAAAAUGUGGAUUUAUUCAUGAAGAUGAACUUGAUGAAGAAACAGGGGACAUUACUCAAAAUUAUAUAAAUUAUGGUACCACCAAGUCUUAUGGUGCCACAACACAGGCCAAUGGAGGUUGGCCCAGUGGUUGGGAAAAGAAAGAGGAAUUUGUACAAGGAGAAGUACAAGACUCAUAUAGUUAUAAGGACCGAGUUGAUUAUUCAUAACAAAACUAAUUACUGGAUUUAUUUUUAGUGUUUGUGAUUAAAUUCAUGUGAUUACACAAAAAAUUUAAAAACACGUGAUAUAAACAUGUAAACAUAUCAACCAGGCAAGACUUGCUGUUAAAAUGAAAACAAAACAAACCCAUGAGGUUACCAUCAAGUGCAAUCUGUAAAAUUGUGAAGUUCCAUCAUUUCCAUUCAAGUCAUCCAUUCUUGCAUUUGUGACUUAAAAGGUUGACUGGUCAAAAUUGUAGAAACAAGUAGUUACCCUUUGGAUUCAUAUGAGCUAAAACUCAUCACUAUUUAAUAAAGCACAACAUCUCAUCCUACAAAACUUAGGAAGCCAAAGCUACUUGAUCAUGCAAAACGCACUUACAUAUUUGUUACACUGUAUUGCAGGAUAGCAUACAGAAGUUGGCUGCAUCAGGUAGAGGCGACAUUUAUUAAGUGAAAAUCAGGGAGUUGGGAUAUGUCUCAAAGAAGUACAUUGUGAACUAUCAGCUGCAAAGUUGUACUGAAUAACUAUUUGAAUUGCAUAAUGUAAGAUAUUUUGUUAGUCCUCAAAAGGAGUAUCUUGCAGUCUUUUCUAUGAAAUGCUUGGCCACAAACACUUAUUUCUGUGAAAGAGAACAUGUAAAUUGAGGGGUAUGCUUCAUGUUCUUCCAUCCAUUUACCUAACAGUAUGAAACACUUCACAUUUCAAUAAAAUCAAACUUUUCAUGUAGCAUAUCACAUAACUUUUUUGCAAAAAAUAUAAAAAGAAAUAAACUUCAAUGUAUUUUUAUUACAACUUUGUACUGGUUGUAACUUGCAUUAGAAAAAAAAGAGAUAUAUACACCACAAAGAAUCUAAUAAGAAAUUUACUAUGGAAAUAUAGCCCUUAAAAUGCAAUAUUAAGAACAAAGAAAUAGAAAAUGGUUUAGAUAUCCUUCUUCCUUCAUGAUUAAAUACUAUAUGAAACUUGUGCCACAGAGCUAUAUAUAAUAUGAAAAGAUUAACUUCAUAGAGAUAUUGUAAGUAGGCAAUUUUAUUAUCUAAAGUCCUAUUAAGAAAUAUUUGUCUUAAAUAUAUAGGACAAUAAAUUAUAUUAAAAUGGUCUCUCUCUAUAUAUAUCUGUAUAUCUUAUACAUGUCCAUACACAGAAACAUAAUAAACAAUGUUCACACAAAACCAAAAAUAGCAUACACCUAAUGUUGGGUUAGGGAAUUGCAAUUUCUACUUUCAUAGAGUCAUAGAAUUUUAGGUGGGGAAGAGGCAUUUUGCUUGUCAUUUCUUAAUAUAACUCAACAAGAAUUGCAACAUUUGUGUACCAAGCAAUAAGUGCAAUGCAUACAAUUUCCUGUCUGUAUAUUACCUUCAUUUUGCUUGUAGUAGCCGUUUGGGUGGUUGGAAUGAUUUUUUUUUUCUUUUAAAAAAGCUAACAUCAGACCUCUUUAUAAUGUCCUAAAAUUAUGAUAAUGCAUUUCCCAAUUCAACUCAAAAUAUUAUUGGUGUAUUUUGUCUAUUCUGGAUAUUUGAUCUGUUCAUUGUAUUGUGCUAGUGACUGGAGGCCCUGCUACUGCAAAUAUAAAACAUGAAGUUUGUUUUAAAAAUGCAAAUCAUUCUUUACCUUAAGAAAAAAAAUACCCUUUGCUUUGUGCCUCAAAGUGAUGUAAUGUGAUCACAGCUUUUGUUGUGUUGAAUGAAAAUAUGUGGACUGUCAUUUUGUUGCAGCAAAAAAGUGUUAAUAAAAUGCUCUAUUUAUCCUUUCUUAAAAA